GUGCGCGUUUGCCCCUCCCGGGGCGGGCGGCUGCCGCGGCGGGCGGGGCCGGUGCGCAGGGAAGCGGCGCCAUGGGCGGCUCGGCCAGCCUGAUCCCGCGGGACCUGCUGGGAGAGUACCAGGAGCUGACGUUCCUGAGCAAGCAGGAGAUCUUGCUUGCCUACAGGAGGUUCAGUGAACUGCUGCCAAAGGAGGAGAGGGAGAAUGCCUGCUCCGCGCGGGUCCCCAAGAGCCAGAUCCUGACGCUGCCUGAGCUGCGGGCAAACCCCUUCCAGCACCGCAUCUGCCACGUGUUCUCAACCUCAGAGACCGGGGAUGACAGCAUGUCCUUUGAAGACUUCCUUGACAUGCUGAGUGUCUUCAGCGAUUCUGCCACCUCUGACAUCAAAUCCCACUAUGCAUUCCGCAUCUUUGACUUUGAUAACGAUGGGAUUCUGGACAGGAAGGACCUGGAGCAACUGGUGAACUGCCUGACAGGGCAAGGCGAGGAGUCCCGGCUGAGCAGCGCAGAGAUGGAGCAGCUCAUCCAAAAUAUCCUGGAGGAGUCCGACAUCGACAAGGACGGCACCAUCAAUCUCUCCGAGUUCCAGCACGUUGUGUCCCGCUCCCCGGACUUUGCCAGCUCCUUCAAGAUUGUCCUGUGAGCCUCUGGCUGUCCAGCAGCACUCCUCCAGCACUCCUCCAGUACCUGCAGCUCUUUGUGGGCUCAGCCAUUUCCUCUUUCAGGGAGCACAGGCCCGGCCCCUCAGUGGCCAGGCUGUGCUGCAAUGCCUUGGGCAGGAACUCCUCCUGCUCCCCUCUCAGGUGCCUGCUUGGUGGCAGGGAGUCCCAGGAAUCUGCCUCUCCUGCGGCCCCUCUGCUGUCCUAGCACUAGAAUUUGAAUCCCUAUGCAUUCCAAGGGCAGCUCUGCUCCUGCCUGGGGCUACUCUGCACUAGCAGAGCCCCUCUCUGCCCUCAGGACCAAUUCCUACAUUGUGCCUUCCAGCAGCAGGCAGGGAGCUGCCUCCCCUGCCAGCCUCUUCUUGCCUCUCCUGUAUUUCUGGGAGUCUGCCUGCUGCCACAGGGAUCCAUUUCUCUGAGCAAUAACCAGAAAGUGGAUCAUUUUUCACAAGCAAUAACCCAAAUGGGGGUGCUUUCUCUGUCAGUUAGCAGUUACCCAAGAGACACUGUACAGGUGCCACCCCAGAGCAGAGCUGUCCCCCCACGGCUGUGCUUAGAGCCUGCACUCUUCCUCCUCCCUUUCUAUCUUUGCCCUCUUCUGGCUCCAGCACAGCAGCUGCUCUGCUGUCCUGGCCUCUCCUCCCCCAGUCCCUGUGAGGACACAAUUAAAGGGCUCUGGUUUCACCCUU